AGGCUGUUGCAUCGUGAAGUGCGUAGCGUGUAUUUAAUCACUUACAGUCAAGCCGACCUUGACAAAUUUCAAAAGAGAGACAGUUUUGCUAGAACGGUUGUGCAAGCAUUCGAUGAGACAAGGAGCGGGUUAGCUGAUAUUGUGCAGUGGGUUUGUAGUCAAGAGCGGCAUUCUUCAGGAGGAAUGCAUUACCACAUGGCGGUAAAGCUAUCGCAUGCACGCCGAUGGUUGCGAGUAAGAAAUUAUCUCGACGACAACCACUCCAUUCAAGUGAAUUUUUCGUCUCUUCACUCCAAUUAUUAUAGCGCCUGGAAAUACACAACUAAAGAAGAUAGCGAGUAUGUUCAGUCUGUAAAUCAUCCCGAUUUGGUCAACAGCGCCCCACCUCGAACACAAGAGGCCAGUGUGACAACAACGGAACGUGGUGGAACAAAGAGAACAGCCAAGAAAACCAGAAAAAGGAAGGCACCCCGUCUCAGUAUUUUCGACGUGUCUAAGCUAGUAGUAGCAAAAGGAAUAAAGUCCAGGCUAGAGCUUCUUGCUCUAGCCUCUCGACAAAUGAAAGAGGGAAAGGAAGAUUUAGCACAAUUUAUCGCUAACAGAGGAAGUAAAGUUGUUGACGAGGCUAUACAAGUAGGAUGGGAAAUGGAGGAAGCAGAGGAAAAAUUGAAAAGGAAACAAAUU